AUGGGUUAUUCUGUUGUUGAUUUAGAGAAAUCUUAUGAAGAAGCUCCAUCGAUUGAUCUGAUCUCUGAAACUGAGGACCGAUGUGCUGCUUGGCAAUUUUCUUUAAUAGGUCGUUUAGAUCUUCUUCAUCUUAAAUUUUCUGAUGCUGUUUUAGAUCUCAAAAAUCAGUGGAAAUUAGUUGGUCAAUGCAAAAUGAUUCCAUUAGGAAAAGGUUUCUUUAUCAUAAAGCUUGAUAAUCAAAAUGAUCAAAAUAAAAUUAAGGCUGGAAAAUGGGAAGUAGCAAAUCAGAAACUUAAUUUACCUGGUAUGCAAAGCAUGCUAAUUCACAAUUCUGUUUCAAACAAAAAAGGUACUGUCUGGUUAUUUUGGAAUCAAAAUUUAUCUGCUCCUUCAAUUAUUUCUUUAUCAAGCCAAAUGAUCACAGUGGAAAUUGGGGGUGUUCUUGUUUCUGGUGUUCAUGCACAUGUUGGUGCUAUUCAAAGAAGAUAUUUAUGGUCAGAAAUGGAGCACAUUAGCAAACUGCAAAAGCCUUGGCUUGUUAUUGGGGAUUUCAACGUUAUAACUUCAGUUGAAGAAAAAGUUGGAGGUAAAAGUCCUAAUAAAAGAUCAAUGUUAGAUUUCACUAAUUGUUUAGAUAAAUGUGAACUGUUGCAAGCUCCAAAAACAGGUUUAGCUCAUUCCUGGUCAAAUUGUCAGCAAGGUAAUAGAAGAAUAUUGUGCAAUUUAGAUAGAGCAGUUUUUAACAAUUUGUGGCUGCAUAAGUAUGAAACUUGGAGUUACAAGGUUGGUUUGAGGGUAGCUUCUGAUCACUCUCCUUUACUUGGUGGAUGCAACCAGAUUCCUAAACCAAAAAAUGUGCCUAUGAAGUUUCAACAAAUGUGGCUUUCAUAUCCUAAUUUUCUGGAAGUAGUAAAUAAAUCUCUCAAUAAUUUAGUUCAAGCCCAGAAUAAUCUUAACUCAAAAGAAGUGCAGCUCAAUACUUUUCUCAAGCAUAAGGCAAGAAUAAGUUGGGUUAAAAAAGGUGCAACGAAUACAGGUUUUCUCCAUGAAAAUCUCAAAAUAAAACAAGGAAGAAAUAAUAUAACUGAACUAGAAGAUAGCAAUGGAGAUAUUAUAAAUGAUCAAGCAAAAAUAGCUGACAUGUUAAUUCACCAUUUUGAAGAUAAAUUCAGGUAUCAGCCUGUGGAUGUUAGUGAAUCCUUACUUGAUGUUAUUCCUGAACUGAUCACAAGUGAAGAUCAAAGCAUGCUAAAUCAAAUUCCUGAUGAAGAAGAAAUCAAAUCAACAAUUUUUAUUAUGGAUCCAAAUAGUUCUCCUGGACUUGAUGGUGUGGCUGGUUGGUUCUACAGAUCUUGUUGGCACAUAAUUGGAAAAGAUUUGGUUCAGUCCAUUCAAUUUUGCUGGAAAAUGAGAUUUAUUCUAAAAGGUUUAAAUUCAAACUUCGUAGUAUUACUUCCAAAAGUUGAUGGUGCAAGAAAUCCUAACCAGUUCAGAUCAAUUGGUCUCAGCAAUGUGAUUUUUAAAAUAUUUAAAAAAAUAAUUGCUACUAGAAUGGGUACUCUUAUGCACAAACUAAUCUCACCACAACAAGCAGCUUAUGUAAAAGGGAGAUGUAUCCAAGAGAAAAUUCUUUUGGCUUCGGAAAUGGUUAAUGAAAUGCAAAAGAAAAGAACGGGUGGAAAUGUUGGGCUGAAAAUUGACAUAUCUGAGGCAUAUGAUUCAGUAAGUUGGAACUUUUUAUUUCAAGUACUUAUGAAAUUUGGUUUUUCUGAAGACUGGUGUGAAUGGAUGCAUAUAUUAUUUCAAUCAGCUAAGAUAUCUGUCAUGGUGAAUGGUGGACCUUGUGGCUUUUUCUCAGUUGGAAGGGGCCUAAGGCAAAAAGACCCUCUUUCUCCAAUUCUUUUUGUGCUGUUGGAAGAAGCUCUCAGUAGGAAACUCACUCUAGAUGUUAAUGAAGAGAAAAUAAAUCCAAUGGUUGUAAGGAAAUGUAUACAUCCAACACAUCUAUUUUUGCAGAUGAUGUCUUCAUCUUUUGCAAUUGUGAAAAAAGAAGUCUUUUAG